AUGCUCCAAGGAAUUGGCAACAUGAUUUGGUUCAAGAAAGUGGUUGACCAAGCAAAGGCAUUUACCAUAUUUGUCUAUGGCCACACAAGGACAUUGGAGUGCUUGAGAUACUUCACAGAGGGGAAAGAGGUAGUGAGGCCAGGAGUGACUAGGUUUGCUUCGAACUUUCUCACUUUGAGUAGCAUGCAAGAGAAGAAGGACCAGCUAAGGAAGAUGGUGGUUGAUAGUAGGUGGGACUCAUUGAAGGAUGUGAACAAAGAAAGAAAGAAAAGAGGCAACAACAACUAUAUUGAGUCCAAGCUUUUGGAAGGAUGUGAAGCUAACAUUGACAUUUUUGAGCCAUUGGUCAAAGUCCUCCGUUUGGUUGAUGGGGAUGUGAGGCCAUCCAUGGGUUUCCUUUAUGGAGAACUACUAAAGGCAAAGAGACAGAUCAAAGAGGCCUUUAGAAAUGUUGAGGCUCGGUUCAAGGAUAUAAUAGCUGUUAUUGACAAGAAGAUGAAUGGAAGACUUGAUUCUCCAUUGCAUUUGAUGACCUAUUUUUUUUGA